AUGUGUGCAAGGUCGCGGCUUUGGUAUUGCUACUCAACUGCUCAUCACACUGAUCUCUCUCUUCAACCUUCAAGAUCAAUGGAAGCCGAGCAGAGAAAUAAUGGGAUGACCUUGAACGGACCCUUGCUGCUUGACGAGCAGCAAAAUCAUCUGAAUAGUGAAGAAACACCAAGUGAUUUGGGCCAAGCCAGAAAUGGCUCCGCGUCCUUCCUCAAGACCUGUCUCAAUGGCCGCAAUGCGUUAUCAGGAGUUGGAUUACUCUCCAUUCCAUAUGCUCUAGCUUCUGGAGGAUGGCUCAGCUUAAUUCUUUUAUUCUUCAUCGCGAUGGCAACGUUAUACACAGGUGCAUUGAUCAAAAAAUGCUUGGAUAUGAACUCAGAUAUAAGAACCUAUCCAGAUAUAGGCGAGCGUGCUUUUGGAAGGAAAGGAAAGCUUGCAGUAUCCAUAGCCAUGUACUCAGAGCUCUACUUGGUUGCAACAGGAAUGAUAAUUUUAAUAGGGGAUAACUUAAACUAUAUAUUCCUUGAUAUCGUCAUUGAAAUAGCAGGCUUGUCAAUUGGUGGAAAACAAUUCUUUGUGAUACUCACAGGCCUUAUUAUCAUGCCUUCGGUUUAUUUGGAUGAUUUAAGCCUUCUCUCCUAUGUAUCUGCAAGUGGGGUAUUUUCUUCUGUUAUAGUUAUUCGCUUCUUAUUAUGGAUCGCAACAGUAGAUGGAGUCGGAUUUCACUGCAGUGGGACCCUUAUUAAUUGGAGUGGCAUGCCCACAGCUGUUAGCUUAUAUGCCUUUUGUUACUGUGCCCAUCCAGUGUUCCCUACCUUACAUAAUUCCAUCAAAAACAAAUCCCAAUUCUCCAAUCUCUUGCUGAUAUGCUUUGUGUUAAGCACUACUGGCUAUGCAUCGAGGGCUAUUAUUGGUUACGUGAUGUUUGGCUCAGACGUAAAAUCAGAGGUCACAUUAAAUCUGCCAGUAAAAAAGUUAACUUCAAAAGUUGCAAUAAUAUGUAUUACUGUGCUGAGUCCACUAUGA